UAAAUUGUAAAUAAAUAAAACAAAAGUACUUUUGGAGUCGUACGAAUCUUAAAGUUAUAUAUUUAUUAAAUUUUCCUUGCCGUUAUUGAUGGAAGAGCAGAAAUUGAAAAAGAGCCACGAGUCUUCAACUUCCAAGCACAAGCAUAAAAAAAAGAAACAUCAUAAGAAGAAAAAGCAUGAAAACAGGUCUAAUUCUAGUGAAUCAGAAAGCGAUGAAAUGGAAUGGGUAGAAGCAUCAUCUGCUAAAACUGAUAUUAAUUCAAAAGAAUCUGAAUCUUCAAAAAUAGAAUGUAAAAGAGAUGAUUGGAUGAAUGAGGAAAUGUUUGUUGCCACUUUGAGCAAAGAAGAAAUGAAACACGGAAGGAGCUCUCGCCAAAGGAAACUGGAUGCCUUAGCUAAAGAAAGAGAAAAAAAUGAUGCAAUACAGAAUGAGCGUGAGUUGAACCCUUAUUUGAGAAAGAAUGGGAGUGGACUGCCAGAUGAUAGCUCCUCUGUCCAGAACUUGGCUUUACCUUCUACUUCUGUUGGUGAUGGUGGUUAUAGUUAUUUGAAGAAAGCAUACUAUAGAAUUCAAGAGCAAUCACAACAAGAAGGUAGAUCGAUGGAGGAAAUUGCUGUUGAACGUUGGGGUUCCUUAGACAAAUUGAAAUCUUUAAUUGAUGAUGCUGAAAGUAGAAUGAAGGACAACUCAAGGAAUAAAUAUAGUUCAAAUAAGGAUAAAUGGAGUGACCGACGAGACUCUAAAUCUGUAGAGUUUCGUAGACCAAGAGAGAAAAGGUCGCCAAGUCAUAGCCCUGAAAAAUCAUACCAGUUUCAAAAGCCAAGACAUAUCAGCAGUAAGGAUAAGAGGUUAGGUCAUUUCAAAAGUUCCGAUCAGAAGCGUCAUAGAAAAUAUGAUAAUGAUUUUCAAUAUGAAAGUGAUGAUGAUAAUGAUAGAAAUAGAUAUACCAAAGCAAGUGAUAGAAUGAGGCAUUCCAAGGAAUAUGAUAGGAAAAAGCAUGAUAAAGAUUAUGAUAGGGAAAGGGAUGCUGUUGAGGAUGAUGGGAAAAAGCAUCUUAAAGAGGAUGAUCAAAAUGUUUUUGUGUGGGAUCGAAAAUCAACUUUUCACAGUGGAAAAGAUAAUCGUGUAGAAAGCAAAUCUUAUUCAUCCCAUGAUAAAGUGUCAAAAUCUGAAUAUGAAAAGUCCCCAGAGCAAAAGUUUAAAUCCAGUGAUACUAGAAGAGAAAUACCGGCAUGGAAAAAAAUAAAACCUAGUGAUGAGAGACAAAGUUCAAGAAAACAAGAUGAAUAUGUUCCUAAGUGGAAAAAGGCAUGUGAGUCUCCUCAAAAUUCACUUGAAGUAGGAGAGGAGAGUCACUCUAAUGAAAAAGCUUCUGAAUCACAUGACCUUCCUCCAACAGUCAUGUCUGAAGAUGAUCUGAACAAGCUGGCAGCUAAAUGUACGAAAGCAGAGUUGUUUGGUGACACAGCUCUAGCCUCUAAACUCAAGAAGCAACUUGAAGAGGCUAGAAAAGUUUUAAAAGCUGGUGGAAGUAUGAAUUCAUCACAGAGAGAAAGAGAAAGUGUUAUGCUGACCAAGAUGGACAGCAGUGGACAGGAGCGACCUAUUCAUUAUUCAAGGGAUGUUUCUCAGUCCCAAUCUAAACAAACAAAAAAACAAUCACAGAAGUUCUUUGAUGAUGGAAGCAGAUAUUCAUUAAAACAAAUGUUUGAAAGAGAAAAAUUGACAACGGCUGAUGAUAAUCUUGAAAUGUUCAUGGAAGUAGCAGGAAAGUGCCAAGAUAUGGAUGAGGACAAUGAAACUAGCGGCAUAUCCAAGAAGGCUACAAAUAAGAUGUCACAUCAUCUUCAAGAAGAGAAAGAUGUCGGUAAAGCUAUUCAGCAGCAUCAGAAGCAUAUGUCAGCUCUUGAAAAAUGCUGUUAUUGUAUGGAUCAGCCAAAUAUGAAGAGACAUUUAAUUAUUCAAAAACUUGAAAAGGUUUAUUUAUCCAUUGGGGAUUUUAAAUCUCUUGUUGAAGGUCAUUGUUUAAUAGUGCCUAGAAGACACGUCCAGUCUUUUCUUGCUCUCGACGAAGAAGAAUGGAGGGAAGUAGAGGAAUUAAAAGCAAAGCUGCGGAAUUUUUUUCUGCUAGAAAAUAAAAAAAUUGUAACUUUGGAAACAAGUCUGAACUUUAGGUAUUAUCCACACGCAUAUCUUGAAGUCAUACCUGUUCCGGAAGAUAUAAGUGAUUCUGCUCCUAUGUCCUUUAAGAUAGAAAUUUUAGAAUGUGAAUCAGAGUGGGCUAAUAAUGUGAAAUUGAUAGAUUUAAACAAGAAAAAUUUAAGACAUUCAGUACCAAAAAAUUUGCCUUACUUUUGGGUUGAAUUUGAUCCUCAGGUCCAUUCUGGGUUUGCUCAUGUCAUUGAAGAUGAAAGAAAUUUCGAGAAGAAUUUUGGAAAAGGAGUGAUUGGUGGAAUGCUUGAAAUCGACAAUAAUCAUUUGCAUAAAAAUAUGAAAGAAGAUCCUUCCAAGAAAUCGAAGGAAACUAUGAAGUUUAUUAAAAAAUGGGAAAGUUUCUGUGAAAAGUAUACAUGAUAAUUAGCCUGUUUAAAUAAUGUUAAUAUAAAACAGGUUGAAUUUGUAAAUAAUGUCACAAGAAUCAUUGUAUUUUUGUCAUGAUUGUACAUUAAAUCAUAUUUGUCUUUGA